AUGAUGGGAGUCUGUGUCCUGGGCUUCUGCCUCCACCCAGCGCUGGGCCAGACCCCAGUGACCAUCACCCCGCCAAGCCCCGCGCUGGGAGGGGGCGUCAGCCUGGCCCUGGAGAACCUGCCACAGGAUGUACUGGCCUGCAGCUGGUACCAAGCAGCGACUGCUAAUGAAGACAGCAGGAUCCUCACUCACUGCCCACAAACACCCCCUGAUUCAGACCCCUGGCCUGGCCUGCACAUCGUGGGGUUAAAGCUCACAGACACUGGGAGCUACACGGUACAGAUACAGAGCCCGACUAACCCUCCCCACGAAAUUCUGCCCAAGCCCACGGUGACGCUCGGCCAAACCCAGGUUCUGGAGGACGGGACCAUCACCCUCUUUUGUAUCAGCUCCCCCGGUGUUGACACUGAGCUCUGGCUUCCGGACGGGGCGUCCCUCGUGCCCAGUGAGCAGCUGGGGCUGUCCCCUGACAACCGGACCCUCAUGAUGCUGGGUGUCACCCAGGAUGAUGCCGGUGCCUACCAGGGCGAGGUCGGGAACCCCAUCAGCACCAACCGCAGUGAGCUCAGCACCGUGAUGCUGGCCUCCUCCGUCCUGGGCUCCUUCCUCCAGCCGGCGCCGGCCCAGACCCCAGUGACCAUCGUCCUCACCCCGCCGAGCCCUGUGGAGGGAGGGGGCGUCAGCUUGGUCCCGCAGCCACCACCACAGGACUUCGUGCUCUGCAGCUGGUACCGAUCAGCGACCGCUGCUGAAACCAGCCGGAUCCUCACCUGCUUCCCACACACCCCCCUGGUUCAGCAGAACGGCCCGGCCCACACUGGGCUGGAGACAGCGGGGCCGGGCUGCGCCCUGCACAUCGCGGGGUUAACGCUCAAUGACACCGGGAGCUACACGGUGCAGAUACAGAGCCCGACUAGCCCCGGCCUCGGUACAGUGGUUCUGCGCGUCUAUGUGCUGGAGAACGGGACCUUCACCCUCAGGUGUAACAGCUCCCCCAGUGCUGACACCGUGCUCUGGCUCCGGGACGGGGCGUCCCUCGCGCCCAGUGACCGGCUGGUGCUCUCCCCUGACAACCGGACCCUCACAGUGCUGGGUGUCAGCCGGGAUGAUGCCAGCACCUACCAGUGCGAGGUCAGGAACCCCAUCAGCACCAAACGCAGCGAGCCCAACACCGUGACAGUGGCCUACACCCCUCGUCCAGGUCUCUCUACUGGGGCCGUUGCCGGGAUCAUCAUCGGGGCACUGGCCGGGGCGGUGCUGGUCAAAGCCGGGGUCUAUUUCCUCUGUUCAGGCCACCAGAGCAAGACUCCCAGGCAGAGCGAGACGCCCCCCCCAGAGUAUGAGAACCUGCUCCCUGCAGCCUGGGCGGGCCCAGUGAUGCUGCAGCCUGGACAGCGGGACGUGUACGACCAGCUGCAGAGAUAA